CACCUUAUCCUAUCAAGAGCAGUUGACUUAGCAGAAUUUGGCAAACCUUUGUUUUGUGUCAAACAUCUUGUUCACGACUUGAGUGGCUCRACACACCCUGACGUCAGCAAAGGUGUCGUGGCCCUCUGAGCAUGACCGUUGUWGGCCUGAUAAUGGAAAUCAUUUGAGACCGUGUACACAAGGCUAAAGUAGCAAGCCAUGACUUCGUUCUCUGUGAAGGACAUCCUUAAUCUGAGUGAGUCCGCAGCACGCGCAUCAAGAAGCGAGUCGACGCCAGAACUAUCGGUAAACUUUGAAAAAUGUGGCGACGAUAACAGAUCGGAGGCUUGUGGCGUGGCGUCUAAUCACACACAGAAGUCCUCAUAUACAAAUUCACAAGACAUAGUCAACGAGGACCCUAUAAGCCCUGCGUCAAGCGAUCAACACAAUGAAUCCAAUGAUGAAAAGAGAGACGAGGGAAGCGAUCCUCCUAAGAAACGGAAACGAAGAGUACUAUUCACCAAAGCACAGACGUAUGAAUUGGAAAGAAGAUUCAGACAGCAAAGGUAUUUGUCGGCCCCUGAAAGGGAACAACUAGCGAGAAUUAUAAACCUUACRCCAACACAAGUAAAGAUAUGGUUUCAAAAUCAUCGGUACAAGUUUAAAAAGCAAAAUUACGAGAAAGGCUCGUUGAAUGAACCUCCUCCGUUGUUCACUCCUCGUACUGUCCCCGUGCCUGUUCUUGUCCGUGAUGGUCAGCCCUGUCAUGGAGCGGGCUUGAAUAACUUUAGCUACCAUCACGCUGCAGCCGAUUUUCUUCAUUAUCCACCGGUAAGCACGAAUUACAUGGCAGCGCAUCCCUAUUGGACUUGGUAGCAGGGAAAUAUCCUACUCGAGGAAAAAAACUUUAAUUACGCGAGGAAACUGGUGUGAUGAACUCUCGACUUGUUAAGAUCCAAUCUACAGUAUUACGUGCAUCUCGUCAAAGUAUUGAGCGUACAUUUUGGCUUUUUAUGGGAGAACAUUAUAUGCUAUCUCGCYGAUUUUAAGCCUUCGUCAAUCCAAAGGAAUACAAUACUGACAUUGAAUUCACUGACAAUUAUUUUACCGAAUUUUGAAACGAGAUUCCAAGUAUUUCGGCUAUCACAACCGGUGAAUGAAAUUGCUUUCACCGCUUCAUAUGAUAAGGCCUCACGCACUUCACAGACAUUUGCAUCGCGUUUAUAUAAUGAAUUUGUUUCAUUGACAUUGUAGUAUUCGUAUCAUUGGCGAAUUUUUUUCCAAAUUCUUUCGUUUUGGAGAGGCAGGUCAAUUUARAGCGAAGGACUAUCUAUUGAGUCGAGCCAAGUGAAAAGCUCUCGUCGAAUUAUGAGAGCCGAUCUCUUGCAGUGUUGAUUGAAUUCUAGGACUAGAUCAGAGUCUGAUACCAAAAGGCCGCCUCUCAUCUCUUGGCCUGCCUCCCCUUAACGACUAUUUGUACAUACGAUCAUUCACAAAUAUAAAAAUCUUGACAGCUAAACUCAUUCAAAAAGAAAUAUAUAUAUACAUAUAGGCUUAAGUUAUAAAGAGUAAACUUAUGUUUUGAACAUACACCAUGUGAAUGAUCAGGGUGAUCUUUUGACAUGAGAGAUAUAACCACAAAAACGAAGAUGUGUCUAACAAAGGGACCAGUUUAGCAAACAACACAUUGCUCAGGUUUUUUGUACUUCAAAUCAGAUUUUCUUCAAGCUUGUUGAGAUACGUUUGCACAAAGGAACACCGAAACCUUAAAAACGCUUUAAAGAGAUUGAAAAUCAUCCUUUCUGAGGUAGGUCGUACGGUAAUCCGAAGCGCGCUCUUUGGAUAUGAACGCAAUUGUACAUUCUGAAGCCUAAUUGAUAGCUGGAGUGUUUGCUCGUUAGAAGAGUGUAGGAGGGACCUAUAGUUCAAAGGAUUGAUCUUAGGGAAAUUGAUUCAUGUUUCGUUUGGUUUUGAGAUUAACGGACUGGAUGGGCAGCAAACUARCUCACAUGAACAAUAGAAUGACUCUGUUGCCAUUCAUUGUCAAAUCAAUCGUGCAACAAUGGCUGAAUGAAACUGCUUCUUCCCCAGCUAGUCUUUAUGUACACUAUGUCGGGUGUAGUGACACAAAAGCUUAAAUUAGGUCUUUGUGUUCCUUUGUCUUUAAACUCAACUUGCUUGUGGUUGGAUUGAAGAAUGCCACAACGUGAAUUCGACGAAGAUUUUUGCUUGUGUGCCUUCACUAAAACACCACGUAUAGCUCUGCUCUCAUUAAUAAUAAGACACGGGAACUUGUGGCUUAGCAUGUACCAGAUCCUUUCUCCGAAAGUGUUAAUCGCUUAUAUUUUUUAAAAGUUAUUAGCAUUUGUUGUUCUAACACCUUACAAUUCCACAUUAAACUAGUAUCCGAUUGAAUAAGCAAGCAAAGCACAUCCUUAUAGAUAUAUGUAGACAUUUCAAGUUAGACCAUGUUCGAGACAAAUGCUUUUUGACAUCGUCGAAUCAUCUGAAGUGCUAGAAAUUUGUUCAUACAUACGAAAAAUGUAAAUACUAAAAGAGUGAUGUUUUAAUACUAUAAACUAGAGCGAAUAAAGUAUAUUUAUGUUGUUAAAACAA